UGGAAAUCCGUUUCUUUUAGGACGCAAUGUAAUAUGAACGAAAAUGGUUCCUGAAGAUGGACGGAAAUUUGUAAACAUUAGAAAAUUGUUUUUUUGCAUGGCCAGCUACGAUGUUGUUUUCUUUUAUGUGUAUAACAGUUUAUUCCAGUUUCUAUCAGUCAAGGGGUUCUAAAGUUGUGUUUCGAGUUAUUUGCUCAGGCUGGAGAAAAAAUCGUGCUGUUGAUCAACCCCUCGGUUAAAUCUAUUAUAAAAUCUGUUAUAAAAGUUGGAGCUCUCCACCGCUAGAGGCAGCACUGUAUAAAUCCCUCUUUUUGAAUCUCAAGUUCUACCGAUGUGACUGGAGGUUAAAGAUUAAGCCACUUGAAAAAUGCAAACUCUCGCGGAUAAGCUACGCUUCCUGUACAAACCGUACGUCCUGGCGGUGCUGACCAUCGGCUACAUAGCUGGCGAGCUGGGUCACUACCUGAUCGGAGUAACGUCCAAAGCGACGGCCAUCGAGCUGGACUAUGGAGAUCACGCGUGUCAGCAGAACCACACCGAAGUCGAGCGGCAUCUGCUUUCGAAACAGUGUGCCGACGUUAUCCUCGAGCAUGAAUGCCACCAGCAGCUUCACAACGGGACGCUGUACUGCGAAUGGAACUACAACGGGCUGGGCCUCGAGUACCAGCUGCUGGCCGGUCCGAGCUUCAUUGCCGUGUUCACGGUGAUGGGUGUCGUGUUGGGCUUCGCCGCCGAUCGCUUCAACCGUGUUCGCAUGUUGACGGUCUGCACGCUGGUCUUCGGGCUGGCCAUCAUCUUCCAGGGUACCGUCCAGGAGUACUGGCAGUUGAUUCUGCUGCGUAUGGUGAUGGCAGCGGGGGAGGCCGGCUGCAAUCCGUUGGCCACCGGAAUUAUGAGCGAUAUCUUCCCGGAGAGCAAGCGUGCGCUGGUGAUGGCCAUUUUCAACUGGGGAAUCUAUGGCGGGUAUGGGAUUGCUUUUCCGGUGGGUCGUUACAUCACGAAGCUGGACAUUUGGGGUCAGGGAUGGCGCAUCUGCUACUACGGAACCGGAGUGCUGGCUCUGUUGAUGGCCGUUUUGACUGGGACUACGCUGAAGGAACCGGAACGGCAGAGCAUCGGCGAGGAAAAUGAGGCAAAGGCCAAGGUUCCGCUGGUGAAGGUGCUGAUGCAGCCACGUGUUAUCUUGCUUAUGAUUGCGGCCUCGAUCCGUCACUGCGGUGGAAUGACCUUCGCUUAUAAUGCUGAUUUGUACUACAACAUCUACUUCCCCGACGUGGACCUUGGCUGGUGGCUGUUUGCCGUGACGAUCGGAAUCGGCAGCAUUGGUGUGGUGAUUGGUGGAAUUGUUUCCGAUAAGUUUGUGGCCAAGAUGGGAAUCCGGUCGCGUGUUGCUUGCCUGGCCAUCAGCCAGCUGAUUGCCACUCCGUUCGCCUUCGGAUCCGUGUACUACGAGCCACUGUGGGCAAUGAUCACGCUCGGAAUCAGCUACUUCUUUGCCGAAAUGUGGUUCGGAAUCGUGUUCGCGGUGCUGGUAGAAAUCGUCCCGCUGCAGGUCCGCUCGACCACCAUCGGCGUGUUCCUGUUCGUGAUGAACAACAUCGGCGGCAACCUGCCCAUCCUGGUCGACCCCCUGGCCAAGGCCAUCGGCUACCGUGGCUCCGUCAUGUUCUUCUACGCCGGAUUCUACGGCCUCAGCACGAUUCUGUUCUUCAUCACGAUGUUCUUCAUGGACGGACCGGUCAAGGCGACGGCUCCGGAAGUCACCGAGCGCAACCAGGUCGAGAUGGGCCACGAGAACAACACCUUCCAGCCGGACGACUUCAUCAACGGCAUCAACGGCGGUGCGCCCAAAACCAACGGACACAACAUCCUGAACGUGAGGCCCUCGGAAAGUAGCAGACUGUAGACCAAAUCGCAGUACGAAUCGUAGGAUUAAGGCUAGGAUAUUGAAUGCGAUGAGGACGAAUCUCGCGCAGCGGAGAGCCUAAACACGGACGAAGCUCAUGUUCAAUUUUACAGUGGUACCUCGAAAGUUUAUUUUACACAACACUUAAUGUUAGGAAUCUCGUGCAGGCAAGAGUGCAAGACGACGUGACUUUACGCGUAGUUGACUUUAUUUAUAACCGGUGAUACAUUAGACGUGUUUUAAUUAGAGACGAACAAUUCAAGCAAUAAAUGCAGCCAUUUUAAAUAAGUGUUUUUUUUUGAAUUUACUCAUCACAGUCCCACCAUCCAGGUGCUCAGCCCAGAUUCAGAUCCCAAAACAUUUAAUUUUAAACAUAAAAACUACUUUCCUUUCAAUGCAAUUAAUCAAUCGGAAAGCAGUAGAUAUUUCAAGUGUCCUCUUCAACUGACUGCUUGCCCGCCUGUGUAUUUUAAUUGGAAAGCGCAUUCGCCCAGCAGAACCGCCACCCAACAAUUAGCAUCAAUUUCCUCCCCCGCGUUUGCUUGAACUCGCCCAUUCUAACGGAACCCACUUCAAUCGAAUCAACCGGUGGAAACCAAAUAACCCUAGCCGGACACACACACAUUUCCCAAACUAGAGCCAGCCUCCUCUGCAACACGAGAAAACGAGAAAGAUGACCAGAAGUGGAAAACACGGGUCAAGCGGAAAUCGAAAACCAAAACGACGCCGAUUGCAAACCAAGAGUCAAACACGCCACGUGUGAUGGAUGCUGUAAAGUGGGACAGACAAACUGACGAAUGAUCGGAAUAUUUGACUUACGUCUGUUUGUCUGUGGUAGAGAGGAAACGCAAAAUAAAUCUGUUGCUCGCACAUUUGCUACAUCUGGAUCGAAAUGUUUUGUUUACGGUUUUUUUAGUUUUUUAUUUCACUUAUACGACUCAGUUUUCAUUUAAUAGCUUCUAUCUCCAGUGAGUGUUCGGCAUGGUUGAUUUUUUUUUUUGUUCCAUUUUCUUCUUUUGUUUUUUUUUUGUCUGCAAUUUUUGCUUCAUUUUACACAAAAAUACUGUAAUAUUUCCAUUUAUAUAGCUAAUAAGAAGUACAUAAAUUGAUUUUUUGUUUUCAUGAAAUUUAAAUCUGCUGCUUCAUCUAGAAUUUUUGUUUCUUUCACUUCGCUUUGUGUUCGUGAGUGCGUGCGUGCCUUUGUGUCUGUCUGUGUCUCUUUGAGUAGUAAGUUUACAAACUAGUCGUUGGACCUUGCGGCGUGUGCAGUCCAGUUUUCGUCUCCGGUUAUCAACUGUGAUGCAUUUGAUUUUUUUGUCAGUGCUCUAAUGGAAAGAAAUUCAUGCUUGCGAGUAAGUUUGGGGUGAGUUGUAAAGAGGCAUUUUUAUGCUUAGAUUUCCGCUAGAGUUUGGACGUGUCAUCAUGUUACUAUUUGACGUGAUUUUUGUGGAGCUGUUGCUGAGAACUUAGUCAAACUCAGAGUGAGAGCAAGUAAAAGUUUUGAGAAAUUGCCUCGGCCUUCAACGAUUUUAAAUCAAUUGUAUAGAAAAGAAGAAAUCAUCCAAAUUGUUAAUUCGUUCGUUCUGUGUGUUGAGUAUGAGAAUGAUAAUUAUCUUAGUUUCGAUUUUUGCAAUCUAGUGACGAUCGAGCCCAUUUUUUGUUUUGCGAAUUUCCCUAAAUAUUCACAAGUGUAAUUUGCAGGUUAUCUGAGAGAGACGAUUUUAUCGUUUCCCCAGAAAGAUCCUGAAAGAGGUGCGUCAAUCUCAUUCACUCAUUUAUUUAAUAUAAGAUCAUUUGAUUGGCUGGCAAGUCAACCAAUGUCCAAUGUCAACCCAGGAUUAUUAUUUAGGGUUAAUUCUAACCGGUAGAUGUCUUUACCCCAACCAAUCAGGGAUUAGGAUUUCUAUAAUCUAGAAGACUCUGCAAUCGGGGUACUCAAUUUUGACAAGUAUUUCGAGGGAUUACCUACUGGGUCUCUUGAAGAUGUUUCUAUCAUAAGAACACAGUAAUGUUAUUUUCAAAAUCACUCAAAUAAUGAUCACAGAAUUCUUUGAGUUCACAAGGCAAUUAAAGUUACAACAAGCGUCUAUAUAGAGAAGAAAAGCAACUCGCAACAUAAUUUUGAGGCUAGGAAUUUUGACAGGUAUGAUUUUCAUAAAGUAUUCGCCUCCUUUUCUCUCCAACAGAAAACUGGGGACAAUGUAGCUGUCAAACUAGGCCAAACUGUUAAAGUCACUCACAAAAUGAACUUUGAGUGAUUUGAGUUCAUUUCUGACGUCACGAUUUUCUUCUCUAAUAGGUUUUACAGCGUGACGUCACGAGCGCACACGCUCACACAUUGUGACUGAGACACACGUGCAAAAAAUGUUGUCAAAUUUCUAACCUUAAAAUUGAGUCGGCGUAAAACCUAAUAGGCAAGGAAACCAUGACGUAGCAAAUGAACUCAAAGAACUCAGUAUUCAUUUUGUGAGUGCCUUUUGAGUGGUUUGACAGGUGUCGUUUUCUGGAUUUUUUUUUAAUUUGAAUUUGCUUUCGAUUGCCGAAACGUCAGAACGUCAUUUUCCGUAUUUUUGCCAGUGGCUUUGUCUUCUGGUCGUGUUUCUGGCCGUGUAGGUAACUGUUCUUGGUCAUUCCCGUGGCCGAGUCCUUGCCGUGCUCCUGACCGUGUUUGUGUCCAUGCGGUACAGAACAAUCGGAACAGAAUUCAAAUUUUCUAUGUUCCGGAAUGACACCUGUCAAAAAAGUUCAUUUGGUUUAUUUACCUUUGAGGUUAAGUU